AUAUGGGCGCUUGACCAACGUGACACGCGGGACGCGACUGGUAGUCGUGCGCGCCUCGAGGCGCGUUUUCAUUGCACUCUCUUUUUGCCACCCCCGCCAUGCAUGUCCACAAGCCCUCCAGCGUUGCCGAAGCCUACCGGACUUUAGGACUUGAGGAGGAUACAUCCCUUGAAGUUGUGAAAACAACCUAUAAACAGCUUGCCUUGAGAACACAUCCUGACAAGAAUCCGGACAAUGAAGACGCGACGGCCCAAUUCCAACGUAUAGGCGAAGCCUAUAGCGUCCUCCUUAAACACCUUGACACGACACCGAGACCUGACAGGCACACACAUUCACACGGUUUUGGAGGAUAUGGAGGCGGAUAUGAUGACUAUGAUGAUUAUAGCGACGAAGAGGCUUAUUACUCCGAUUACGAUUCAGAAGACGAUUACGAGGACAUGGCAUUCUACAUGUUCCUAUUUGAGGAAAUGCUAAGGAACCGAGCUUCCAGGCACUCUCAUUCACGAUAUCACCAUUUCAGAACUCACGCACCGCCGGAGACAGACGAAGAAUUUCAAGCUCGUCUUCGCCGUCAACGUGUGGAACAAGAAGAGGCUCAGGCCCGGCGUGAAAGAGACGAAGCUGAGCGAAAGGCCGCUCAAGAAAGACAGCGUAUCAAAGAGCGUCAGGAAGCAGAAAGGCGUCAAAAGGUUAAGGCUUCAAAUAAGAAAGCACAAGCUGAAGCUUCGCGGAAGACUGCCGAGACCAAGGCUCGUCUUCAAUACGAACGUGUACAAACACUUCGAUCGGAAGUGUUUGCGGCAGCUAGGAAUGGAGACGCUGCAAAGGUCAAGAUGGGCGUAUGGGAGAACAAUGUUGAUGCAGCUGGGGGCGAAAUCAAGAAGGGCGCAGAAGAAUUUGUGAAGAAUCCACCCACAGACCCGUUGGAAUCCCUCAUGCAUAUCGCCACCGCAAGGGGAGACGCCGGUCUUGUGGAGCUUCUGGAUACUCACAGCGCCGAUCCCGAGGAACGCAAUUCUACUGGAUUCACUCCUUUCCACCUUGCACUUCACACACGCCGCACAUCCAUCCUCAACUAUUUCUUAUCCACCUACCCACCUGAAGACCCGGAUCACGUAGGUAUCUAUGAACCUCCACCCUCGAAGACUUUGCUCGGUCUCGCUGUCGAUUCGGGCGAGCCAGAGCUCGUUUGGCUGAUUUUGGACAAGGGUCUUGCUUCGCAAGAGGAUAUGAAAUCUUCAUGGGAAUACAUAUCUUCCAAAGGUGGAAAGCAAGCUCUUCUAAAAAUCUCAGCAUCCAAAAAAGGGGAAGAGCGGCUGGAAGAGAUCACGAAUAUCCUAGCAACAUUCGGCGGUUUCAGCCGCCUAUCAUUAUCAUCUGACGCAUCCGAAUUUCAACCUUCUCAGUCAAUCAAGACCAAUGGGAAGGCGCAGACACCUGCAGCAGUCAACGUAUCUACCGACGCAUCUAAUUCACCCACCCAAGCUCAGCGUCCAUCCGGUCGUCCUCAACCUGGCCGGAAACGAAAACAGCAAGAUCGGCCGCCUAGUAGCCCAACUAACCCCAGACCUGUGGAGAGCCCGACAGGGCUGUCUACUGCUUCGACCUCACCAGUAAACAACACACCCUCUGACCAGCCUUCAUUUCCAAACGGAGGUCGCGGCCGAGGGAGGGGUCGAGGACGUGGACGGGGCGGCUUUAGGGGUCGUGGCCGAGGUGGACCACCGCCGUCUGCCAACUCUCACUAAUCGCCUUUUUACUGGACUCAUUCUUUUCUUGCUGAUUAUCUGUUUUGCCGCAUUUGUCGAACUCACUUCUUGCACUUCCAUUACUUACAUUGCACUAAAAUCAUGCACAGCUAUCUUGUUAGAAACAUAUCCCACUUCAUCAUGCAUCUCACCACAGAACGGUCCCUUCGCCCGGUGUAUAAUGUACCAUUGACCUAUUGAUAAUUUGCAGUACUCUAGCCCUCGCGCAUUUCAAAUGUCUAUACUACUUUCUCAAGUCUGCUGCCUCAUGCGUGUUGGGAAGUCUGGAUUCGGUGUUCCCCGCGUCACCAGGACAGGCAAGUGUGGUUGGUUUGUGUGGACAAUCCGAGUUGAUACACUUUCGCAGAACGGCCAUUCACGUUAUUCUGAAUCUAAGCUGGGGUCCCCGUCGUUUCUACUCGGAAGCCUCUGUUAUGCAACAAGGAACUCAGGACCAAGACGCGGAUGCCAUGAACGUUCUCUUUGCUCUGACAGCCGGGAAGCGAUAACGUUAAACCAUCACGCUUCCCAUGACCCUUUCCAGAUAAGUUCAUUUCAGCAGGGGCAAGUUGUACCAUGUAAACGACUUUGUCCAUUCACGCUCGGAACAAUUAGAGCUGCCCGGUGCCUAGUUGCAGAUCAUCUUAUCCGU